AUGCAGUCGAGCACAGUGGGCACAGCAAACAACUUUUGUGAUGACUUGGCCGCCGCGGUCCCAAAUCCGCGGGCUGCAGAAGAGAGGCCUAACAUGGGCAUUUCAGCUGGCAGCAGAGACGAGGGUUUGGAGCUCGUGCACGGGGCUCCUGGGAGCGACAGGACAGCGAUGGUAAGAGUCGGCACUUCAGUCGCGAAACAUUGUGCAUCAGGCCUUAACAGCUUCACUUUAUCAUUUGCGAGAAAACGCUCCUACAAACGUGCCUUGAACAGGGCAGAGGCGAACGGCAGUGCUUGGUACAGGGGUCAAUGGCUCAGCUUGGCAACUCUUCGCAAGUCCUAUGUGUCCAAUCGUGUGACCACAGCGGGUGAUCCUCAGCCUAUGCCAGCAAUAAGCAGGCCACCAUGCAAAAAUGGAUCCAGAUUUUCAUUGCGGGCAUUUUCCUGGAAUUGUGGCGGGCUCAACAACCUCAAAGAUGAGCUGCGUACCUGGCUUAAAGUACAUGGCAGUGAUUACAGCAUAGUUCUUCUGCAAGAGACUUGGUAUCGAUCGGACAUGGAUUUUCUUGACAGGGGAUGGAUCUGCAUCAACUCGGGCAUCGGUGAGGGGGCUGCUAGAGCUCAUGCAGGCGUCAUGGUUUUACUUCGCAAAGAUGUCUUUGAUCAGACCCAUGUUCGCUUUCACCAUGUCGUUCCAGGCAGAGUGCUUCACGUGCAGGCGCUGUGCAAAGGAGGCUGGGUAAACGUGGUCAACAUCUAUCAGUACAGCUGGGGCUUAGCAACGGAGCAGGAGAAAUUGAUCACCAAGCGGGCAUCGAUUUGGGCGGAGGUCAGGGACACCCUUGGUCAGGUACCCAAAGGUCACUUUCUCAUCGCAGGAGGUGACUUGAACACGACAGCCAAGCCAUUGCAUCCUUGGAUAGGUCGUGGCAUGCUGCAGAAAGAGCAGACCUCUCCGGACGUCGAGUGCUUGGAGCAGCUGGUUCAAGACUUUCAGUUGCAGGCUGUGAACACUUUUGGUAGGCCCACGACAUUCUCCUACGUCCACGAGGGAUACAAGGUCCCUCGCAAGUCGUUUGUUGAUUACUUGUUGCUACGCCGGGGUCAGUCGGGGACGUCUUCAGCAUCUCUCCUUUCGAGUUUUGAGGUCGGCAGGUGGAGAGAAGGAGGGCGGCACUUGCCCACCAUUGUGGCUGUCACCCUCAGGCCAUAUCUUCAUCAAGUUCGCAAGGCUCCCCGAGAAUGGCCGGUGUGGAAGUGCAAAUUACUGCAACAGGCGGUGAAGGACCACCCGGAGAAGGCGGCCGAGUUCAAGGCCGCGGUUCAGGAGAGAUUGGAGGCGGAGAUCGAGUAUCAACCGCAGCAUCUCAAUGAUCUCCUGUUACAGGUGGGGAAACAGGUCUUCGACAUCCAGCGCCCGCGAGUGCAGCCGCCGGCUUGGACAUCAGAUGAGCACACCAACUUGAUCAAGCGGAUGUGGUCACACUAUAGGAUUAUGAAGCGCAGGCGAUGCCUUCCGGGUACGCGUGCCAUCUUGCAGGCUUGGAGUUCUCAAGUAGCAUUUCUUCGAUUGCACAGGGCGGUUCAGAAGCAUAGCCGGCAGCUCCGACGAUCCCAUUUUGAUCAGUUGCUGGCAGCGGCAGAGCGGUGUGAUCAGGUGGACGGAGCCUCGACCACUUUUACUUUGAUCAAGAAGUGGGCACCUAAACAGGCUAAGAAGAGAACCCAGCUGCGAUCAUCCACCGGCAGACUCCUCUGCCCGGCUGAGGAGGUCCGGGAACUUGCGACGUUUUGGAAGGAGAUCUGCGCGGGCAGUGAUGGGCAGGCUCCGCCCAGUCAUCAGCCACGGCAUGCGUACCAUGUGUCACGGGAGGAACUUCUUCAUGCUCUGCGGUCGCUCAAGGGCAACAAAGCAGCACCGGCUCAUUGUGCGCCACACGCGAUGUGGCAACUUGCCGCAGAACCUGUUGCCGAGUUCAUGGAUGUGCAGGUUCUCAGCCGGUGGCGCAAUGAGGUGGCCGAGGUCUUUGAGGAUUGGUCGGCAUCCUGGCUCACCUUCUUAAACAAAGCCAAUAAACCGGGAAACAAACCCGGGGAUCUCAGGCCGAUCUCCUUGUUGGAGCCGGCAGGGAAGGCUAUGAGCGGCAUCAUCAAACAGCACUUGAUGCCCUUCCUGCAGCCGUGGAUCGAGGACAGACAUCUUUUCGGGUACUUGCCCAACCGCUCGCCGCAGCAGGCACUGAGCAUCGUGUACCGGCAUUGUGCCGAUGCCCGGGCUCGGGCGAAAGCGCAGGGCCGAGAUGUGUAUGCAAUCCGUCAAGGGCAUCGGCGAGGGGGAUGUGCAGGUGGAUUGCAAGUGAGCAUUGAUUUCACCCAGGCCUUCGACCGGGCCAGCCGUGCUUUGCUCAACUCAGCCCUGAAGUUUCUAAAGGUUCCGGACAGUCUACGAUGCUUGAUUAUGCAGUGGGUUGAGACCACUACUUUUCAUGUCAUACAGGACGAUGCGGAAGCCAAGUUCUCCUCCAGCCGGGGGAUAAGACAAGGCUGUCGGUUAUCGCCCUCAUUGUGGAUAUGUGUCUCGGUGUACUUGUUGCAUCUACUUGAGCAGGCGAUGGGAUCCCAUUGGUGCAACGAUCAUUUGGUGGGGUUUGCGGAUGACACUCACCUCAGAUGGGAUAUCCAUGAUGCCGCACAACUUCAUCAGGCUAUGGCACAAGCGCAUCGUGUAUUGCAGAUCUUGGAGCAGGCGGGUCUCAAACUGAGCAGGGACAAAACAGUCUGUCUUCUGCGUGUCGAAGGGGUUCAAGCUCCACACAUCAAGCGGAAACUUAUCGAGAAGACCAAGGACGGCCGAGUGCUCAAAUUAAGUCCGGAAUACGUACUGCCGCUCAAAGCAGAUCACAUUUAUUUAGGUGCGUGCAUCACCUAUGGUGACUUUGAGCACAAGAACAUGCAGCAUCGAGUCCAUGCAGGUAAGGUUGCAUUUCAAAGAGUUCGCAAGUUUCUUAUGGCCGACAAGGCAGCCAACAUGCAGAAACGACUUCGGCUAUGGAAGGCCAUUGUCAUCCCGACAGUCAUGUACUCAAUCACUGCUUCCGGUGUUCUUCCCAAGGGCUUCGAUGUACUACGAGUCAUGUUGACCAAGCAAGCGCGGGCCAUCGCGCGCAGCCCCAGACACAGGCUGGGGGGUGAAUCCGGAGAGGAGGUCAUCACUGAAGCUGACGCAGUCUUCUGGCACAAGGUGGGCAUGGAUACUCCUGAGCAGAUGGUGCAGAAACGAUUACAGGCAGCGGUGGACCGAACCAAGGCAUUGGCACGCCUCCUGACGCCACAGGAUGUACGCAUCAGUCCGGUUGUUCGAGAGUGGGAGCAGGCCAUGCUGCAGCAGUUUCAGGACCGUUGCAUUCAGAAAGACGAUGCCACUUGUGUUCACACAUGUGAUGUUUGCCACGCGGAGUUCGGUGACUACGGCUCUUUACGGGCCCACAAGGCGAAGAUGCAUAGUGCAGAGAGACGGAAGACGGAGGCGCAAGCCUUUGACAGGCAACGCCACGGAGUGGACGGCAUGCCGACAUGUUCCAUGUGUGGCCACAAAUUUCUGCGGUGGGCUGAUUUGCAGAAGCAUGUUUCCGGGAACUUUUGUCAAAAGAGCUCCCCCGAUACCGAGGUGGACACCACGGUUGAGUUGGCCUCGGCCAAGACCUCGCUCUGGGACCAGGCCCGGGAGGGCACUCUCCAGCUCGAUGACAUCCGACUGGACAUGAUCUCCGAGGAGCUCCGACAGGAGUUACUUCAGCAUUGUGCACUGUGCCGGCAAUGGCAGCCUGACCCCAAGUACAUCAAGCAACAUUGGAAGCGAGUUCACAAGCAGGAAAUGCAGACACACGAGGCCCACACGUUGCAAUGGAGGCGAGCUACUUUCGCACGCAUCACAGGUACAUGCGAAUGGUGCAACCGAGCGGUGCCCAAAGGUGCGAUUCACUCUGAUUCGUGCCCAGUGUUGUUCCAACUUUCCAUGAUUCGGUCGAUGGGGCUUGCAGCUUCAGGCGGAGUUGUCGCCGCUGUGAGCGAUGAGCCCGAGACCACAACCACGAUCAUGGCGAGCAUGACUACCAACGAGGACCAGUUCAUGGACAUCUUCGGGGCGACGAUGCCGGCACUGCGGGACAUGAUGCCAAAGCGAGCCGCCGAGCAAACCGAGCAGACCGGCUCCAACAAGAGGCCGCAUCUGGAGGUGACCAGGCCCACCAAGGGCAAAGGUUGGGGAAAGGGCCGGGGCAAUCGCUCCGGCAACGGCUGGGGAAACCGAUGGAACAGCUCGACGCCGGCACAGGCACCAUCCACGGUUUCUUUAGAAGAUCUUCAACAAAUGAUGCACAUGGUGGCAAGGCUCCUCGUUCAACAGGACAACGAACUCCAGAUGCUCAAGAUGGACAAGCAAUUCCUGCUUCACUUCGAGACGGGACCUCAGGGCAUGGUUCACCUGUUUUGGGAAGCGGCACAGGUCUGGAAGAAGGCCAGGGAAGCCCAGCCCCCGACAGUGGACAAAUCGUUGCGAGUCACCUUGAUUCUAUGCAUGAUGAUGGAGCUGGAAGGUCGCUUGACAAAGAUGAUGGUGCACGAGCAGACGAAGGACAACAUGAUCAAGCAUGGCUGGCUCACCACAAUACUGGGACAGCCGGCGUGGCCGUACAUGAUCUGGACGGGAAACAAGUUGGAGCUCGACUCCAGCAAAGCGGCAAUCCCACACAGCGAGAUGACAGAGAUCAUUCGGGAGAUCAAGCAGGCACUCCUCGACAAAGCCGGGGAGCUGGUGCACAAGUUCCACAGUGUGCGUCCGCUAGCAGAGCAGAUGGAAGGCGACACAUUGCCCUUCCUGCUGUCAAUCAGCACGCGAGGGGCCUUGGCAGAUCGGACGUUCGAGCUCUUUCGCAAGCUGGAGGGCAACACAGUGCUUCGAGUCGUAGGCGCUCGCCUCAGAGGCGAACGCCUCAAAAGGCAACCCCUGAUGAGCCAGUUGAUGGAGGCGAUGUCGCAGCUUCAAGUGAGCCCGUGA